GAUACCUUUAAGUUAUCACUACCUUCUCCUCUGCGGCUGUGCGUUUUAGAACGAGAAAUACCGGGGUGGGCAGCAAUCUGUAUGAACCAUGGAGCAGAUUAAUAAUAUCCAGAUCGUCCCAUGCACCAGCUCCAAUUAUCUGAAACCGUUCAGGGUGCACUAUAGCCAGAAUGGGACAAUGAAAUCCUGGGACUUCAUGCGCACCCAUGAUAGCGUCUCGGUCCUGAUCUUCAACACCACGUUGCACUGCUUCAUCCUGGUCAAGCAGUUCCGCCCAGCGGUGUACAUGUGCGAGUGGGAGAAGAGCCAGCCCAAGCCGGCCGAGGAGACGGGAAGCGAGGGGAGCGAGGCCGCCGCGCCGCCGGAGGAGAAGGGCGACGCGGAGAACCACCCCCAGCUCCCCCCCGCCUCGGCGGGCGUCACCUACGAGCUGUGCGCCGGCCUCGUGGACAAGCCCCACCUCUCCCUGGAGGAGAUCGCCCGGCAGGAGGUCCUGGAGGAGUGCGGCUACGACGUGCCCGCGUCCAAACUGAGGAGGAUCACCUCCUACAGGUCUGGAGUGGGCGUGACGGGCGCCAAGCAGACCAUGUUCUACGCAGAAGUGUCAGACGAGAACCGCGUGGGCGAGGGCGGAGGAGAGCCGCAGGAGGGCGAGCUGAUCGAGGUGGUGAAAGUGCCCCUUCACGAGGCCAUGAACUUUGCCUACGACGAGAACAUCCCCAAAACCAUGGGCGUCAUCUUCAGCUUCAUCUGGUUCCACAGUAACAUGUUGUCCAAAUACAAAAUCUCCACCAAUGUGUAAAUGACAAACGUGUCUCAUUCCUGUCACCGCUUCAUAGUUCGGUGUAUGGGCGAUCUGGUGAAGCCAUCAGUAGUGAUUUAAUGUGUUUCUUUGUGGUCUUUGCUGCCCUUUUUACGUAGUUCAUUUCAGGAUAAAAGCCUGUUUUUCUGCACUUCUUAGUAAUACAGUAAUUAUUAGGGUUGUGUGUGAAGAAAACCCAAGAAGAAAGAUGUUAAUGAGCUUCAUCAAUAUGAAUACUGCCAUCACUUUUUGAUGGGGGAAGGUUGACUUCAGGAUCGUGAACACUUAUGCAAUUGGAGGUUGCCUAUAAUAGCCAUGCUUAGUUAGUUGUACUAAGGGAGGAAAAAAUGAAUUUCACCUCCCUAAGUUUAGUUACAGGAUAGAUAAUCAGAAAAAGUUUAUACCUCUGUGAAAAAAGGGGCAGCUAUGAAACUCCACAUUUGAUAACCGGACCAUGGAGCUUUCAACUAAACAAUAGAAAAGCACUUGCUAGUCCUCUCAGGUGUUAAUGGUAUGAUGAAGGUAUGCGACAUUCAGGGACUGUGUAAAAUGGCACAGUCCCUGGCACAGUUUUUACAGAGCUUUACCAUAGCACUCCUACAGGCAGGAAGACAUUUGGUGAUGGAGGCACUACUUAACACUUUUUAGUGGAAUAUAUGAAGGUGGUAGAUGGGAUGUUACAAGUUAAUUGUUCAUUUUCCAUACUAUAUCAAGAAUAGCAUGGACGCCCAGUAUUUAAAAAAAAAAAAAAAAAAAAAA